GAUAUUAGUAUUUAUUAUAUUAAGGUAAAGUUAAUUAAAUUAUAUAACCUAAGUUAUUUAGUAUUUAAAUUACCUAAUAUUAUUUAUAUAAAAGCCUAUAAUUAUAAGAAAGACCUCUUUAGGGUUAUAUUUAAUAACUAUAAACUCUUUAAUUUAGGUUCUUUAUUACUUCUUGCCUUUAAUAAAGAAAUAUUUAAGGACUUAGCUAAUAUAUAUUAG